AUCUCCAACCACAACCAUUCCUUCUUCAUACCACUACCUCUUUAUACCUCCACAUCCUCAACCAAACUCUUCAUCGAACAGCACAAAAUCAAAAUGCGCAUCAAUCUUACCGUCCUCUCUAUCCUCGGCGUCAUCGUCACCUCCGUGCUCGCGGCUCCUCUGUCCGGCACCACCGCCGUCUCCGGCGUCAAGGCCAUCGAGCAUCCCUACAAGCUCUCGAUCGAUCUCGACGAUAUGACCGAGUACAAGCCCGCUUUGGAGAUCCGCGGCCACGACUCGGACAACCCGACUUCGAUGGUUGACGGCUUGGUCAAGUGCGAGACCUCGCCCGCGUCGCCGACGUUCACCGAGAUCGACGGCGCGAUCGCCAAGCUCCGCAAGAAGGAGCUUGCCACCAGGACCAGCAUUAACCCUUCACAUCCGAUGAAGUCGAACCCGAUGAAGAAGACCAGGGGUAUCCAACAGUGCCGCGUACUCCUAACCGCCGGUACAAAGAUAUCCCUCGCUCUCCGGAGUCCAGAGACUAGUCUCAAAGGCACGAAGAUGAUGAAUCGAGCCUUGAGGCCGGUCGUUUAG